GCAGGGAGACGUUAGCUACGUGCUCUGCUCAUGCGCAGGUCAUAAACAAACGAGCACUGGCCUGAGGAAGACGACAACUUUGGUCCUCUCUCUAUCAUCCACAGGACCCUCCGUUGGCAAACAUGACACCUUGGGGAUAAAUAGCAUUAUUCUAGGGAUCCAAGGCCACAUAUGUUUCCUGGUCAUGCCUGGGACGAAUGGGAGCCAUGCAGAUCUCCACUGCAACACCUUCCCCAAGGCAGCGUAGGAGAAACAUGACAGCCCCCUGUACCUGUUUGCCAGUGCUGACCUGCCCUCUUCUUCUGCUCACCUGAGACCAUCUUUCAUCCAGAGCAGGGAGACUACCCACCAACAUGUCUUCCCACAAACGAAACUUCCAGUGCUUCAAUGCUGUAGGGGGUGAUGGCUCCCACAAGUCUCAUUUCUCCUACAAGCAUCACAACGUGCAGCUCCCCAGGAUCCCCCAACAUGGCAUGGUGGCUAAUCACGAACCUCCUGUGGAAUGCUACCUUUGCUCGGAAUAUAGACAUGCCCAGGCACUGGAAGCGCUAGAGACUCAGGCGACGCCUUUGUAUCAUUCUCAUGCACCGUAUCACCACCAUCAUCCACACCAGUAUGUUCUCAGGAGGCCUGAAGAACAUCCUGUCGCACAUUCAGGCUACAAUCGCCACACUCAUCAUCACAGGUACAAUAAGAGGGUGGUGCUAGUGAAGAAUAGCGACCCCUCUUUCAGGAAGACCAUCGUCUUGCACCGCAGGAGUCUACGCAGUUUUGGGCUUUUUUUGGAGGAAGUUUCAGAGCUCAUGCAGUACCACAUCAGGAAGUUGUACACUCUGGAGGGCCGCAAGGAAUGCACUGUCAUCUCGUGAAGUUCCCCUGAGAUCAUCCUGGAUUACUCUUGACUCACGGCUUUCUUUUCAAGGGAUUAAGGGCACCCACCUGCGUUAAAGAGGGGACAAUGCCAAG